AUGUCCUGGACUAGCACUUUACCAGAGGAACUUCAACAUGAGAUUUCUCAAGUUAUCAAAAAGUUCCCCCAAUCUGAACAAACAUUCUUCAACUUGUAUACCCAUCUAGUAGGACCACAAGAUGGAGUUGAACCUCCAACCAAAAAACAAAAGAUAGAAGACUCUAAUAUAAAUAAAUUGGAAUUCAAUCCAAAGAUUACAGAACCAAUAUCUCCCAUGGAUACGAUUUUCCAAUUAACUCAAAUGUCAUUCCAAUCUCCAAUUAGGAAGAAAUUGAAUUUGGUAUUCCAUUUGCACACAUCUCCAAAUAAUCCACCACAACCAGUGCUCCUGAUAGUUCAUCCAACUACGUUAAUCCCAGAAUAUACCAUUUCAAACUUUGAAGAGCUGGUGAGGUUAUGCUUGUUGUUACCAAUUCUAGGUAAUUCCAUGAAUUCCAAGAAAAAGGUUGGACUCUUGUGUCUUUGGCUUAAUGAAGAAGCUUCAUUAGACCCAAAGAAGAAUGAUCCAAUUAUAUGUCAAUUAAAUUUUGACUUGGUUAAAACCCAAUUGAUAGAAACUGGGAAAAUCCCUCCACCACCAGAAAAUGAGAGUAGUGAUGAAGAAGAUGAAGAAGGGAAAGAUGGGGUUCAACCUAUGAAUGAAGCCAUAGUAGACUUUCUUCAACGUCAAUUUCAAUUAUGUGGAAUUAAACUUGUAAAUUAUUUCCCAUCAACAUCUUUUAAUAGUAGGAACAAACUUACGUUAAAUACCGAUUCAGGUGUUGCUAUUUCACAAGAUCCAGCCUCUAAUCUGAACAGUCUUGUUGUUGUGGAGGCAUACAAGGGAUCGAAAGAAGGAUCCUUGGUGUUUAUAGCUGGGAAUGAAUUCAAUAGGAAACCAUAUCUUAUCUUUGGAUUCAAGAAACCGGUUCUUAUUUUUGAAAUGUCUGAUGUCAAACAUAUUUCAUAUACAAACAUUACAAGAUUAACUUUUAGUUUACUCAUUACUAUUGUCAAUCUUCAAAAGGAAUCUGGUGAGGAAACACUUGAAUUUGGAAUGAUUGAUCAUCAACACUAUCUGAUUUUAGACUCUUUUAUUAGAGGACAAAGAAUCAAUGAUAAUUCAUUUGAUGAUGAAUUGAGAGAAAAGACCAACACCAAGAAGGAUGAUCAAUCCAAUGGAGCUGAAGGGGGAGAACAAGAAGAUGGCGAAUUGGAUGACAGUGAAGACGAAGAAGAUGGAACAUAUCAAGUUGGCCAAGAAGAAGAAGAUUUGGAAGGCGGUAGUGGGGCUGGCAGUGGAAGCGGGAGUGAGAGCGAUAGUGGGAGUGAUAUGAGUGAUUCUGGUAGUGAAAGUGAAGAUGAUGAAGAGUUAUCAGGAGAGGAGUUAUAA